AAGUCAAAGUUCUACUAACUUAAUAUUACUUACUUCUUGUGCUUAAAAAUAAAACAAAUAAACAAAAUGAGCUCUUUUAAGCUGCUAAUGUUUGCCAAUUUAUUCUUUGUAUUAAAAGCAUUUAUAAUUAGUUCAGCUAACAACAUGCAAACUCAGUAUUAAGGUCCUUCUGUACCUAUUUAGACAUAUGUGAAAUUGUAUUCCACCGCUUUACCUGUAUUACAAUUUGGUAUGCAAUCUGGCUAAGCUAGUCAAAAUGGAGAUAUUUACUUUCUGUUUUAGUUUGUAGGAACUCACUCUCGCCUUUUUAGGCCUAUUCAUCCUUCAAACUCCUCUCUUAAUAUUUAUGUUAACUCAAUCAAGGCGAAUAUUUUCUAAGAAUUCGAUAAUCAAAUAGAUCUAUAUUACUUUAUCCUACAAGUGAAGAAUUAUGCAAGUAAAUAUUCAGGCUAUUGCGAAAUAUUCUUUGAAGGAGCAUAAGCAAACAGCUACAACAUCAAUGCAACUACUCGUUUUUCUUAAAAUCUUUCUACAAUUUAAAGUGAAAUCGAUGGUUAAUCAGUAAAUUACACCAUAUCCUUUAUUUAAAAUGCAUAUAUGCUUGGUGGUGUUCCAGUGAGAUGUAAAAUGUAAUCUUAUGACGGUAACCGACAACCACCUACGACUCCAAAUAUUUAUAAAGAUUCAUAGUUAUAGAUUAGUCUUUAUUAUAAGUUAACAAAUCUAGAUCUCUCUAAAUACAGCUUGUUUUUUACAAUAAAUUAUAGUACAUUUGAUAGAAGGGGUAAUACUGUUCCAUUUUCCUAAUAUAUAUCAGAUAAUGGUCAAUCAAUAAGUGAUGGCACAUGGAAUUUCUUUAUAAAAGUAUCCUCUGGUUUCUAAUAUUAGAUUUCUAAGCUAUAUGAUGCUAUUGGCAUUUACAACAGCUACGAUUUAAUUCUAUAAAUUCCAGGAUUUUUUGAUUUUUCUACUAGUACAACCUAUUUUGGAUUACGUAUGGAUCUUUGCAAGAUAAAUAAUGGGAAUGAUUGUCUUUUUAAAGAUGGAGAUUUUAUCUAUGCUCCUGAGCCUUUUUUUGCUCCAAAAAAAUAAGUAAAUUUGCCAAUAAUAGUUUCUUUUCCAUAAAAUAUAGAAGUACUAUCAGAUUUUGAGUUUAAAGUCACUUUAGGUACUAUUAAUUAUUAUGAAAAUAUUUUCAUAUUGGGUAUAAAUUUUCCUUAAGAUUUAGUUGACUUUAAUUAAGACUUGUAAUUCAAAGGAAGAAUUAUUACUGAUAACUAAAAUACUGCUUAUAAUUUCAUUCUAAUUGAUAUUAAUCAUUAUCCUUUAUCAUCUGAUUAUACUGUAUAAAUAUUGCUUUCAUUAACUUAAACUGUUAGUUUAAGUUUGAAACAAGCUACAUUGAGUUUUAAGCUAAGAGCACCUAAUAGAAUUUUUAAUUCUGAUAACAUAAAAAUUUUCUUUCAAUCAUUAACACCAGACUUUAUGAGAUAUAAAAUUUAAGAAGUUAAUACUUUUUAAAAAAUGAAUUUUAUAUAAUCCAAAUCAAUGAGUUUGCAAAUUACACCACUAUUAAGCGGUAUAAGAGUAAAAACUUAGUACAUCUUUAAUAUAGAUUUAGGUUAGGUAGUAUACCAAAACUCUUAUGUUACUAUUCAAAUACCUAAAGAGAUUACUGUAAUGAACAUGCCAAACAUCCAGCUUACUAAUUUUGAUCCUGGCUAAAGUUAGUUUUGUGCUCCCUUUUUAAGCAUAUAAAAUCAGUUAAUUACUAUAUCUCAAAUGGUUUGUUAAUAGCAAUAAUUAGCUUAUACAUUUGGUAAUCCUCUGAAAGUCUAACUAAUUUUCUCAGAAUUUUAGAAUCCUUAAAUUAGUUCAGCUUUAGAUUUUUACUUGAAUGUAUUCACAAUCGAUUAAUAAAAAUAACUAUUAUAUAAUGAUAAUUCAUAUUACUAAAUCGUUAAUUCAAAAACUACAUACAUUUAUGAAUUUGUUACUAAUGCUACAGCAGUCUGCUUGAAUGACAUUUAACUCAGAGGGAUCAUCUGCGAAUAAUUAUUAGUUACCUUGAAUUCUAAUAGCGGAAUCUUUUCAACCGAAGAAAUAGUUCUUACUUUACCUCUAGAAAUAAUACCACCUCUUGAUUUUAUAGAUAACUAAGGAAUUCCCUAUUAAAAUAAAAUAAGUUGCAAGCUAAUUGAAAGUUAUUUGCCAACUUCAAUCUGCACAAUCGACAUUCCAUCUCACACAAUUACAAUUACAGAUUCUUAAUUUACCAAUACAAUUUAUUAAAACAUUAAAAACAUCAUAAUUUAUAACACUGUCAUUCCCAGGUAUAUGAAACCCUUAGGAACGAAUAUACCUCCUUUUCCUAGCGACGUUACUCCUUUUUCCUACAUUGUAAGAGAUUCUCUAACCAAAGUAAACUCAAGUACAAAACAAAUCAAAGAACUAAACAAUUUUUAUAAGCUUCCUCCAAUCAAUGUUUUCCCAAAUCUUCAAUUGAGGCAAACAACAAGCUCUUUAAACUGUGAAUCAAAUAGCAUCUAUAUUUCCUUUUCGCUCUAAGUUUAGCUUCAUAACAAUGACCUGCUUUAGAUAUUUUUCCCUGCUUUUUAUAAUUUUGCCCAAUCUACAAUAGAUGUAGUAGGAUUAGAUUAAAGUUUUACUUAUUAAUUUAUUCCUCAUUAGUCUUUAUCAUAAGUAAUUAUUUUAUAGCUCACCAUAACUAAAACAAUUAGCUAUUUAACCAGCACCUAAAUCUACCUAUUAGUAAAAAAUAUCUAAAACCCUGCAUAAAUUCCUAACUAUGCGUCUGCAACUGUUAUAAAUAAUUAUAAUGUUCUCUCAGACUCCACAAUAUAAAUUAUAGAUAGCUUGAGUUAGUAGCCUUUCUAAUAUUAAGUAGUAAAAAACUGUUUUAUCAUAACAGAUUCUGGUUAGAUGACUGUUUAAUCGGUUAAUAUAAUUUCAAGAGGUGUAGUUUCUGAAACCGCUAUUUACGGUGAAGACAUGUAACUGGUAGUCACAAUAAGCUUUUCUUCUUUAAAUCAAUAAGAUUUGUAGAAUUAUUUGGAUUUAUAUUUAAAUAUUCCAGCUAUUAGCUAGGACAGCUUAAGUUAGCUUUAAAUAUUAAUUAACGGAUAACCAACAAAAGACAUUCUACUACUAAGCAAUCCAAAUUAUAUCAAUUCUUUUAGAUUUCUUAACUUUCCUUUUAUUUUAUCUGAUUAAAUGUAGUAUUAUACAAUCACAUUUUAGAAUUUAAAAAGCAAGAAAGAACUUUUCUCUAAUCAAGCAUCAGUUGUAAAGGUAUAGAGGAAUCUGCAAGUUACAGACACGUACAUAGCUUAGCUUGAUUCUUUCACAUUAAAUUCUUAACAAUCACUAGUUUGUGAUCCAAGUUGCUUGGAAUGUGUAAACGUUUCAACUUAUUGUACUGCCUGCACUCCUGACAAAUAGCUUGAUACAUUGAUCCCUGGAAAAUGCGUAGCUAUCAUUGCUUCAAAAUUAAUGAAUGUUUAUUUGUUAUCACAAUAAUAAGACUCUUUAUUAAACUAUAACACUAUUUAGACAAGUUAGCUUAUAGUUUCAAGUUUUGUUGACAUUUAUAUUUAGAUGCAGAUUUUUUUUACUGGAGAUUAAAGCUACUUUUUUGAAAUCUAAAUUCCUAAGAUAUUUAGCAUAUCUAGUAAUUCUUAGCUGUCUUAUGGGUAAGAUUCAAGCAUUUUAGGUUCAAAUUUGGAAAUUUUAGAUGAAAAAAUUUAUAGCUUCUCAGUUGAAUAAAACAAUAAUAACAGUUACAUUUCUAUUUAAGUAACUUAACCUAUUCAACUAAUUCAUAGUAGAUACUAAAUUAUUAAACUUACUCAAGUUUAGCUUCCAACUCAAAAUUAUGAAAAUUAUCUGUUUACAUUAUCUCUAUUACUGAAAGAUGUAUCAAACCCAUUGUUGGUCCGAUAGUUAGAUAAUAUUUAAAAAAAUUUUAAUAUUGAAUGUAAUUAAUAUUGUAAAACUUGCUAGGGCAGCCCUGAUGCUUGCAUGUCAUGCUAUGAAGGAGAUAUUUAUGAUAGCUUGGGUUUGUUUUGCAUUAAUCAGCCUUGCUGGAACGGUUAAGUAAAAGUAAAGACUUCUAAAGGUUAUGUUUGCUCAGACAACGACCAUUCCUAAUCAUGCGGAAUAGAGUACUGUCUGUAUUGUGAUACAUCUCCAAAUAAUCCAAAAUCGAAGUGCUUAAAGUGUUAUUAUAAUUUUACCUUGUCUGAAUAAUAAGAUAAAUGCAGCUUUAAAGAUCCAAAUAUUAAUGAUAAAGUAUCUAUUAGCAACCCUAAGGUACCCUUUGAUGGAGUAACAUAGAGUCCUAAUGAACAAAUAAACAGCACUUAAGUAAUUAGCAGAGAAAUGGAUUUAAGAAAUUUAUGGAUAUACCCAGAAGAACCUCUAAUACCUCCUAAUAUCAAAUUGUAUGCACCUUUUGGAGUAGUUGUAUGUAUAUUUAAUAUUGUCUACAGUCUUUUCAAUAGUUUAACUUAACAUAAAGUCUCCUUCACAGUAGAAACUUGCAAAUAUUUUGGCUUCAUUGAUCCAUUUAUGAGCGUUUACUACUUCAUUAGAUUGGUAAACAUAGAAUAAUUUUACUUAAUAUAAAUUAUUUACGGAGCUUUAAUUGUCCUUAAAAUGAGAGCAAAUAUCUACGCUGGACAAGCUAUUUUAAAGAUUUUUAAUCAAGAAUUAAAAUAAAUUGGUCUUACAAAAGAAUUCAUUAUAAGAUUUCUUUCAUAUCGAUAUUUUUUUAAAAUUAUUUAAGAGUAAACUAGAGUUAAAGAACUCAAAAUAAGAAAAAUAAUUUAAACAAGAGAAUCCCAAAAUUAGACUAAUCAACAAAAUGACACAGAAUAUUUUGAGAUAGAAGACGACGACAUACUUGAUUCUAACAAUCCUGUGUCCAAACAGCUUGAUAAAAUUAUGAAAUAUAUUAUUUUUAGUAUCUUGAGCAGCUUUACUUGUGUUUCUUGCUAUGUAUAUAGCAAGAUCGUGUAUUCUGAACUUUAUUCAGUAUCUUCAUAAAUAAGUACUCUGAUGUUUGAAUAAUUAGUAUAUUACUUUGUUAUUAUGGUCUUUGAUAUUUUUAUGUUAUUGAAAUGUAUGACCACAAUAGGAAUGUAUUAAAAUUUGUAUGAGCCAUAUUAGUAUAAUUUUAAAUCUGGCAAGCAACUCAAAAAUGAUGACAUCUUCUAACAAAAUAUCUCCGAUGAUAAAGAUAAAUAGACAAGCAAUAGCUAAACUAAUGAAUGUUAAGAAUCCCUUUCAUAUAAGCUAGAAUCCCCUGAAUAAUCUAAGAAUACAUAAAAAAAAUAAGUUCCAAAUCUAAAGAAAAGACACAGCUGGCCAUAGCAAAACAUAGAACAAAGCGAAACAUUUCAAACUGCUAUCAGAUCUUUGUUUGAAAAAGGCUAAAAAAGACAAAUAAGAAUUCCCCUUAAAGGAAAACAAGUCAAGUAGCUAUAAGACUCAAUCCAAUAGUUUGAUGAAAAAUCUUAUGACCAUCAAGGGAUAUCUUAAUUCAAUAUAGCUUAUCUAAAAAUAAGUUGAUAAAUUAAAAUUUUUUUUGUUUAAGACAUUUCAUUAUCAAGCUCAUUAAUUUAUGUUUACAUAUUUUAAACGAUAAUUUAUUUUUUUGGCAUUUAUCUCUUUAUUUA